ACACGGUCUCCCAUGGUGACUGGCAUUGACAUAUAGGCGCUAUUCGCUGCUUGCUGCUAGUCCAUAAACAAGCAGUCCGAUGUUGAAAUACCCGGUUUAAAAACACUAAACCAGUAGCGUUUGAUGCAGACAUCUGCAGUGACGGGUUCGAGGGUGACAUUAAAAGUGAAGGCACCAGGAUUCUCCCAUCAGGUUUAUUUGGCUGUUUGGAAGUAAACCUGGCUGAGAUGGAUGAGCAGAGUGUUGAGAGCAUAGCGGAGGUCUUCCGCUGCUUCAUUUGCAUGGAGAAGCUGCGUGAUGCCCGUCUCUGCCCUCACUGCUCCAAACUGUGCUGUUUCAGCUGCAUACGGCGAUGGCUGACAGAGCAGAGAGCCCAGUGUCCCCACUGUCGAGCUCCGCUACAGCUGAGGGAACUGGUCAACUGUCGCUGGGCAGAGGAAGUGACUCAACAGCUGGACACACUGCAGCUCUGCAACCUCACAAAACAUGAGGAGAACGACAAAGACAAGUGUGAGAACCAUCAUGAGAAGCUGAGUGUGUUCUGCUGGACUUGUAAGAAGUGCAUCUGUCACCAGUGCGCGCUGUGGGGAGGCAUGCAUGGCGGUCAUACGUUCAAACCCCUGGCUGAGAUCUAUGAGCAGCAUGUGACGAAGGUGAACGAGGAGGUGGCCAAGCUGCGGCACCGGCUAAUGGAGCUCAUUAGUCUGGUUCAAGAAGUGGAGAAGAACGUUGAGGCAGUACGAGGAGCGAAGGAUGAGAGAGUGAGGGAGAUCCGGAAUGCUGUGGAAAUGAUGAUCGCUCGGCUUGAUAAUCAGCUUAAGAAUAAACUCAUCACACUCAUGGGACAGAAGACCUCUCUGACACAGGAAACGGAACUGCUGGAGUCUCUGCUGCAGGAAGUGGAGCAUCAGUUGCGUUCAUGCAGUAAGAGUGAACUGAUCUCGAAGAGUCCAGAGAUCCUGCUCAUGUUUCAGCAGGUACACAGGAAACCAAUGCAGUCGUUCGUCACCACUCCUGUCCCGCCAGACUUUACCAGUGAGCUGGUCCCUGCGUAUGACUCCAGCACUUUUGUUUUGGCAAACUUCAGUACUCUGCGGCAGAGAGCUGACCCUGUUUACAGCCCCCCACUACAGAUAUCAGGCCUGUGCUGGAGGUUGAAGGUUUAUCCAGAUGGCAAUGGUGUCGUUCGAGGAAACUAUCUGUCUGUUUUUCUGGAGCUGUCAGCAGGACUUCCUGAGACUUCUAAAUAUGAAUACAGGGUGGAGAUGGUCCAUCAGGCCUCCAGUGACCCCACCAAAAAUAUCAUUCGAGAGUUUGCAUCAGACUUCGAGGUGGGCGAGUGCUGGGGAUAUAACAGGUUCUUCAGGUUGGACCUUCUCGCCAGCGAGGGCUACUUGAAUAUGCAGACUGACACACUUGUUCUAAGGUAUCAAGUGCGAUCGCCUACAUUUUUUCAGAAGUGUAGAGAUCAGUAUUGGUAUAUAACUCAGCUGGAGUCCGCCCAGUCCAGCUACAUUCAACAAAUCAAUAACUUAAAAGAGAGGUUGGCCAUAGAACUGUUCCGUCGGCAGAAGUCACGAAGCUCGUCUCCACCUGAUCGGCGUCUCUGUCCCACCACAUCCUCUGGCAGAGACUCUCGUCAGGGGAAGAGCUCCGUGCUGGAGGAGUGCAGUCAGGCAGCCUCAGUAGAGACAAAGGAAGAUGAGGAUGAGGAGAAAACCCAGCAUGAUGACUCUAAUGAGUUGUCUGAUGGCGAUCUGGAGGUGGACUGUCUAACUGGAGACGAAGAUGUCAAUCCUCUGGAUGGUAGCAGCACUUCUGGAAGCUCCACAGCCACCAGCAAUACAGAGGAGAAUGAUAUCGACGAGGAGACAAUGUCCGGAGAGAAUGACGUGGAGUACAGCAGGAAUCUGGAGCUGGAGGAAGGAGAAUUAGCUGAUGAUGUUGCCGGAGCUGCAGGAGGUUCUGGUGCAGGUGUCCGGGGCUCAAGACGAGGGGCAGGAGCCAGCUCUGCCAGCCUCCUGGAGAUCGACCCUGUCAUCCUCAUCCAACUCCUGGACCUGAAGGACCGAAGCCAUGUGGAGUCACUGUGGGGGAUGCAACCCCGUCCCCCUACCUCUCUGCUUCAGACCCAAGCUGCUGCGGUGCCGUCUCGUAAAGAGCGUGAGCGUCGGCCUCAGGCGGUGCGCCGGUCGGCACCAGACUCUGGUGUGCUGAUCAGACUGAAGGCGCAGAUGGCAGAAGUGCGCAGUAAGAUGUCAGAUGUGAAAGGCCAGCUGGAGGCUCGCAGUGGCGCCACUCGGGUCUCCUCUCACGGAGCCUCAAUCCACGAGCAGGGCCCCUCCAUGGACACAGAGCUGGGGCCUAGCCGAAAACCCAGCGAGCUGCUCUUCAAAGCACCAAUCUCUUCACGACACACUCGCAGUGGUGGAAAGAAGUCUGGUUCCCCCAAGCAGGAGAGUGUGGGGGCUCUGGGUGUUCUGUCCCUGCGCAGGACUGUGGAUGCUGGAGAGAAGGAGCUCAGAGGAGCCGGACGAGAGUCUCCAACUGAACCUGCUACAACUGGACCCUCCUCUUUGGAUGGCUCUCUGAAAGCGCGCAGUGUUCAGAGUUCUCCUCCCUCUCUGGGAAGCAGCUCCUCAUCCUCUGAUAAGGCCUCUGGCUCCAAACACGAGGAUCUGCUGUAUGGAGCUUCAGACCUGUUCAGCAUCGCUGCUCUCAAUGGAGCGUCUGCACCCGCCACCAAACAGCACAGAGCUACAGCGAUCGGGCCUGGGCUGCUGACGGACAGCUCUCUGACCUGUGACCUAGAGAGCGCCGGCGAGAUCCAUCAGUCACUUCUGUCACUGGCUGAACCAUCUUCCUCUUCCUCAUCGCACCCUGAUGAAGGUGUGCUUAGUCAGAAGCCUCAUCAUGUGUUGCCCAGCAUGAGCAGUGACAGUGAGCUGGACUGCGACACAGAGAAUGAGAACGAGGAUGAAGUGGUGCCUCUGGAGGCUGGAGACACCAGUGCGUUUGACACCAGAACUCUGCCCUGCACAGGUGAGCAGCUGAUCCCUGAUGAUCUGAGUUUCACGGCUGAGGAAAGUACAGAAAGAUGAUUUCUUAAACGCCGUGACGUGACGCCUCCUGAGUUGAAUGUCCUCUUUACUUUUAUGUCUGUGCACUUAUUUAUGUUCCUAUAGAGCGGAAUUCUAUGUUUCUGUGUGCUACUAUGUAUGCUAUUUCAGAAAAACGCCACUUUCAGGAUGAGCGAGAGAGCAUUUCCUUUAUUCGCUAUGGAUUAUAAAAGCGUAACAUUCCGUUAUGAACACAAAGGUGUAUAGUUUAUGUGCUUAACUUGAUGAUAAUCAUUUUAGAGUUAUAUAUACUACAUUAUUUUGUUCGGUGCUGCUUAUUAUAGUAAGUUUAUAGGGAGAUGACAAACAAAGUUAAGCUGUUUGUUUGUCCGUUUAAAGUUAAUAAGUCUAUUUCUACCACGAAAUAAAAAAAAUUGUGACUAUCUCAAAAGUCAGAUAUUUUUUUCUUACAAUUCUCAAAAAUGUGUUGUUUUUUUCUCAAAAUUAAAAGAUUAAAAUCCUAAAUCUGACUUUUGUGUCAAUUAAAAUACAUUUUCACUUUCUCUUAACUUUUAUAAUUGCGGUAUGUUAACUCUAUAGAUGUUAACUCCUAUUUUGUUUAUAUUUUGCGCAUAUCUGAUUUAAACAGUCACAAUUGUUAUCUCCUGGCAGAAAGAGUUUUUAUUUGUUAUUUUUCAGUUAAAGAAUGUUAAUACAGGUGCUGCUCUGUUACCAUUUCACCUAACUUUAUUCUCCGUGCAGAUUAUUUAUAGAUAUUAGUACAUUUUUUUUCUUAUUUUACUUCGACCAUAUGGACACUAAUCUGUCCAAUCCACCAAUCAACUGAACAAGUUUACACUGACUAAAUGUCUGCAAAAAGGGAACGUUGAGCCGAUAAAAGUUCAAAUAACAUUCUCUCUCUCUCGCAGUGAUGUGAUUGUUCUUAUAAAGUACAAAUAUGACUUAUUUCGCAUUGCACAGCUCACUUAUGAAUUUAGUACAUUCCCAUUAUUAUUGUUUUAGUCAUUAUUUUAACCAAUGUUAACUCCCUACUAGAUAAUAAAAGGUAGUUACAAACUUUAAUAACCAAAGUCUCAGGUGGGUCCAAGUGUGGAUGUCGCAGCGUUUAUGUUGCGAACAAACAUCAUAGCAUUGUCAACAGCUGGAGCUUGCUGCAUGCACCGCUUUCCGCUCAGUACAGUCUGCUAAAUAUGUGACAUUUUGGUUGUAAAGUGUACAGCAAGUAAUGCUUUUGCUGUUUAAUCGCUGGGUUAAGAUUUAACAACAGGUCAGUUUCUUUCCCCUCAAGCAUGUUUAUGGUCUCUGCAAAGCCUAAAGCAGUGUUAACGGUGUUCCUGUAGCCAUUCAAUGUUAAUCUAAUGCUGUUCUUUGUGCUGUAACAAUAAUAAGAGUAUUAAUUGUAUGUUCAUUUGAGGAACAAAAAGGCAGUCUGUUUGCUGUGCACACUUCCUGUUUACUUUUCUUUCUUUCCUUCUUUCUUUCUUUCUUUCUAGCAUGUUUAUAAAAAAUUUUAUUUGGGCCCAAAACAAACUGGAGUAAAUGGUAUGUACUGUAUAUUUAUCUAAAUUAAAAUCUUAACAAAUAAAUGA